AUGACGAUUCACUAUCUUGGCGAGAAAUCUGCCUUAUUCCAGCCGUUGGCUAUCGCCAAUGGUGGCAUCACCCUUAGCCACCGCAUUGUUCAUGCGCCUCUGACCCGUAACCGUGGAGUUCCGGAGAAGUCUAUUAGCACUCCCGACGCGCCAAAUCGAGUUUGGAUCCCGGGGGAUCUGGUGGUUGAAUAUUAUGCACAGCGCGCCACCGAUGGAGGCUUGAUGAUUUCCGAGGGAAUUCCGCCUUCGCUGGAGAGCAAUGGCAUGCCCGGUGUUCCGGGACUGUUCACCCCCGAGCAGAUGGCCGGAUGGAAAAGGGUCGUCGACGCGGUCCAUGCAAAGGGUGGAAUCAUUUAUUGCCAGCUGUGGCAUGCUGGUCGAGCCACUAUUCCCCAGAUGACUGGGUCCCCGUCUGUGUGUCCGUCGGCAAGCGUGUGGGACUCGCCCACAGAAUGCUAUUCUCAUCCCCCUGUCGGCUCCACUGAGUACUUUUCCGUUCCAUACGCGGACCACCCACCUAUUGAAUUGUCCGUGGCGCAUAUCAAACAGACCAUCCAGGACUAUUGCAAGGCUGCCAAGGCUGCCAUGGAAAUAGGGUUUGAUGGCGUGGAAAUCCAUGGUGGCAAUGGUUAUCUUCCCGAGCAAUUCCUGAGCUCCAAUAUCAACAAGCGCACUGACGCCUAUGGUGGAUCUCCAGAGAAACGAUGCUUGUUCGUUUUCGAGUUAAUGGACGAAGUGGCAAAGACUAUUGGAGAACACAACUUGGCGAUUCGACUUUCCCCUUUUGGUCUGUUCAAUCAAGCUCGUGGAGAGCAGCGUGUGGAGACCUGGACUCAUCUAUGUGAGGGUUUGAAGAAGGAUCACCCAACUCUAUCCUACGUUAGUUUUAUUGAACCGCGCUAUGAACAAAUCUUUAGCGUGGGCGAGAAGGAUGAUUUCCUAAAGAGCUGGGGCUUGCAGGAUGUCACCCUUGAUCGCUUCCGGAAGAUCUUCGGCAAGACUCCUUUUUUCUCUGCUGGAGGGUUUGAUGACACCAACUCCUGGGGCGUGGUGGAAUCUGGAAAGUAUGAUGCCCUCCUUUACGGUCGUUACUUUAUCAGUAACCCAGAUCUGGUGGACCGGCUGAGGAAGGGCCUUCCCCUGGCUCCGUACGACCGGACCCGGUUCUACGGGCCCUUCGAAGAUAACGCUUUCCACUACACGGAUUAUCCGACUGCUGAUCAACAGGCUAAGAUGUGA